AUGGUACUAAAGCACAUAAAACAUAUGCUGGGAAUAGAGCAUUUGGAAGUAGCAGGAAAUCUGUACAAGAACAAGGCGCUGAAAGUGUCAGACGCAAGCAUAACUAUAUCAAACGAGCGGUUGGUGGUGCAGAACGCGGAGAAAAGGGUGGAGUUUCCGCUUUCCGAGAUUUCGUACAUCGACUUCAGCAAGACCGAAAGCAAAGAGUUUUCUGUCUUUUAUCUUGUCAAGCAGGAAAAGUGGAUAUUUGUGUUUCGGCAAAACCUUCCCAGAACAAUUGUGCAGUUCUACGGGAAGCUGUUUGCAGCCCAGCCGGAGAUAAACAAGUGGAACAUCAUAUACACAAACGACUCUGUGACGCUGAAGAAGUACAGUCCGGUUACGGACAAGUACGAGCUGGUGGACGAGUCUAUCAGUGUGCGAAUGAUAAAAAUAGGGGAAAGCAUUGUUCUGCGAGUCUACAAGCAGUACGAGAUCAUCCGAAAGGGCGAUCUGGUAGAAAACUAUUCAGACUUCUACGUAGACCAGGAGACCAACAGUUUUUCGUGGCAUGUGGCCAGCCACCACGACGGGCUUGAGGUGUAUCGGCUGAUAUUCAACGGACAGCCUGCGCUUUUUGCGUUUGUCUCCUCCUUCGUGAAUGCCUCGUCCAAGGAGGAAGUCGAGUAUCUGGAGAAAAUGGAGAUAGACAACUACAUGGAAGACCAGGAAGUCAGCUCGUCCGAGGAGGAGAUUUCCGAGGAGGAGGAGUCCGAUGACGCCAUGGUGAUUGGGCAUAAAAAGGCCAGCGCAAGCACAAAGUGCAAGCAGGCUUCUGGAAACAUAUUUGGGGGAAGAAACAAGGAAAGAAACAGGGCGCUGGCUGUCAACGAAAAAAACACAUUUAUAUCAAGGGGGUCCUCGAUUGGAAUAUUCCAGAACGAGCAGUCCGAGCUGGACUUCAAGGGGACGCUUAACAACAUAUUUAGGAAGGGCGAAAGCAUAACGCCAAACAAAAUGGUCAUAUCCAAAGACAACAGCUCCCUGAUCAUGUCAGACCUGAACAACAAGGAGAUGAUGCACAAAAUCGACUUGAACACCGAGAAGGUGGCGGAGUCCUGGGACACAAAGGACGAGCUUAAGGACUUUUUCACGGCCGCUAAGGACGAGCGCGGCGCUCCGCUAAGCAAUGAGUUUGUGGGGGUAUCAAAGAACCGGCUUUUCAAGCUGGACCCAAGAUCGCCUACCCUGAUUGAAGGAAAGUCCUAUUCCACAAACACCAAGUUUACAUCCGGAGACUCCACUAGCAACGGAUACUUUGCGCUGGGGUCGGAGACGGGUGACAUCAGAAUGUACGACUCUCUCGAAAAAAGGGCAAAAACGCUCCUUCCCGGGCUGGGCGACUCUGUUCUGGGCGUGUUCAUAUCGCCCAGCGGAAAAUACCUUGUGGGAACGUGCAAAACCUAUCUCAUGCUUGUUGUGACCGAAAAGGAAGGGGUCAGCGGCUUUAAAAAGAGCCUGGGGCAGAGCAAGCCCAUUCCAAAGAAGCUCAUUGUGCGGCCCGAGCACCUGCACUACUUCAACGGGGCUGUAAACUUCACGAACGCCAGCAUCAGUACAGACAAGGACGAGAAGUAUGUGAUAGUCAGCACGGGCGAGUGGGUGCUCGUGUGGGACAUGGAAAAGGUCCUGAAGGGCCAUGUUUUCAACUACCAAAUCAAGAAAAACGAGCACAACGUUGUUUCGAACAGUUUUAUUCCCGGGGACAGCAACAGAAUAGUUGUGGCCAUGGACGACGACAUAGCAAUGGUGAACAGGCUUUCUCUAAAAAAGGCCCGAAACCCACAUAAAUAA